AUGGAGCGUCGGUACUCUUAUAUUUCCCAGCGAACUGUCUCCUCCUUCCGAAGCGCACGGCCGAUUCCCGAUAAUUCAUGCGCCCUGUGCGAAUGCAUGGGGAAGAUGGACGAUCACAAUCAAGUGGAAAUCGAUCGGACAAAGCUAUUCCACGAAGAAUGUACACGGUGUUCGUCGUAUAUGGAAGAGCCUCUCUGCCAAUUAUGCAAACACAUGAGACUUGGCCAUAUCUUUCGCUGCGAGCGAUACAAAGAACUCGGAAAGCCCAAAUACGGGGCAUUUACCUUCACAAUCAAGCUUGGGAGUUUGGGGGAGUUGCAGCAACGCUCUGAGAAUUGUCAUGUUUGCUCUACGUUUGUACAGACCGUCGCAUGGGAUAGCCAUCUUGACAGUAGAAAUGCUGUGGAGCUGUGCUUGUACAUAUGGUUUGGGUCGAGAAAGGCGCGUGUUUCGUUUCAUUUGGCAGUCUUUACAGACAAGUAUGAAGCUGAGUUUGUGAACGCUGGAGGCAGCACAACGCCCAAUCGGUACUACUUUGACUUCCCAACAAAAGGACUCUUCGACUAUCUACCAUGCACCCGAAAACCUCGGGAUAUGGUGAAUUGGGAUAAAGCCAUCUCUCACCUCGACAGAUGCUACAGGAAGCAUGACAACCCAGUCAAACCAUUCCAGCAGCCGCCUGGAUUUCGAGUGAUCGACACGGAAAAAGGAUGCAUCACAGAUGCUCCUCCGGACUGUACCUAUGCUACAUUAAGCUAUACCUGGCAAAAGACGGAGGAAACAGACCUACAAGCCACGACAGACAACAUUCACGAACUCGAGCAGAAUGAGUUUCUAUUCAAUCACCCAGUUCCAGCCACAAUCGAUGAUGCCAUAAUCGCGUGCAAAAAGUUGAAAAUUCCAUAUCUGUGGGUUGACAGACUUUGCAUUCUCCAGGAUGCAUCGGAUCAGGACCAGAUCGAUGCCAUGGGCGAUAUCUACCAUCAUUCUGUUGUCACCCUUGUGGCUGCAGCAGGAAGUGAUAUACAUCAUGGUCUGCCUGGUGUUUCAUCACCGAGAACUCUUAUCCAGUGCAAGACACAGGGCAUACACUUUGUACAAGGACGCGUUCCUUAUAUAAAUCUUGCUCGCAGCUCGAAAUUGGCCACCGGGGGGUGGACAUUUAGGGAAACAUUGCUUUCGCCGAGAGUACUCCUCUUUACGGAUUCAGCGACGUUCUUUGAGUGCUGCCAUGAGGCAUAA